UUGCCUUAUCCAUAAUCCAAUCAUUCUAAUUAAGUUUCACUAUGGAUUGUAAUGUUGUUAUAUUAGGCUAAAGAAUUCUUCCCUUAAAGCAAAGCCAUAUUUAUUUUCUUUGGUCAAUUACCAUUUUUUUUUCUUUACAUAUAUUUUUAUUCAUUUAUUUUAUUAUUAUCCAUUAAUUUUCUCUUAUCCAAAACAAUUGAAGAUUAAUUGAGCAUUGAAUAUUUUGCAGCUUUUUGAAGAUUUGCUGAAGAUUAAUGUGUUGAGGCAGAAAUGGGUGGAUAUUGUCUUUUGCUUCUGCUAAUAAUUGGGUCAUAUACUUUGUAUAAUUCCAAAGGGAUUGGAAGGUUCUUUAAACAGACUGAAACAGCUGCACUCAUUGUGGAUGCUUCUGCUUCCGGCCGGACGAUUCCUGAUACAUUGUUUGGGAUAUUCUUUGAGGAGAUUAAUCAUGCUGGAUCAGGUGGACUUUGGGCGGAAUUAGUUAGCAACAGAGGUUUUGAAGCUGGAGGUCACCACACCCCGUCAAACAUCAAGCCGUGGUCACUAAUUGGAGAUGAAUCAACUAUAAUGGCUGCUACGGAACUUUCAUCAUGUUUUGAGCGUAAUAAAGUGGCUCUUCGUAUGGAUGUUUUGUGCGAUGAUAUUGGUCCUAAAGUUUGUCCAAAAGGUGGCGUAGGAGUCUAUAACCCCGGAUUUUGGGGGAUGAACAUUGAACAAGGAAAUACCUAUAAAGUAGUCUUUUAUGUUCGAUCGGCGGGAUCAAUAAACGUUGAUGUGUCAUUGGCUAGCUCUAAUGGAAGGGAAGUGCUGGCUACCGUCAAUGUGAUUGCUGAUGCACUUCAAGUUGCUAAUUGGACAAGGAUGGAGGUUAUGCUGGAAGCUAAAAGUUCAAAUUCGAAUUCACGACUUCAGUUAACAACCACCAAAAAGGGUGUACUUUGGAUCGAUCAAGUAUCAGGAAUGCCAACCAACACUUAUAAGGGGCAUGGAUUCCGUAAGGACCUCUUCGAAAAGCUUGUUGCUUUGGAACCGAGAUUUCUCCGAUUCCCAGGCGGCUGUUUUGUUGAAGGUGAAUGGCUAAGAAAUGCUUUCCGUUGGAAAGAAACUAUUGGUCCAUGGGAAGAAAGGCCCGGACAUCUUGGAGAUGUUUGGAUGUACUGGACUGAUGAUGGACUGGGUUACUUUGAAUUCCUCCAAUUGGCUGAAGAUCUUGGAACAGCUCCGGUUUGGGUAAUUAAUAACGGAAUUGGUCACCGAGAUCAAGUUGAAACAGCGGUUAUUUCUGCAUUUGUGCAAGAAAUGCUAGACAGCAUAGAAUUUGCUAGAGGUGAUCCUUCGUCUAAAUGGGGUUCUCUUCGUGCUGCAAUGGGCCAUCCAGCCCCUUUUGAUCUCAAAUACAUUGCUAUUGGUAAUGAAGAUUGCGGAAAACCUUACUAUCGAGGAAAUUACCUCGAGUUUUUCACUGCCUUAAGAAAAGCAUAUCCAGAUAUCCAAGUUAUAUCAAAUUGUGAUGGCUCAUCUACUCCAUUGGAUCAUCCAGCCGAUUUGUAUGAUUUUCAUAUAUACACAUCCGCAAAUGAUAUGUUCUCCAAGUAUCAUAAGUUUGACAAUACACGACGUAGGGGGCCAAAGGCUUUUGUAAGUGAGUAUGCUGUGACUGGAAAAGAUGCUGGCAAAGGAAGCCUUCUCGCUGCAUUGGCCGAAGCUGCGUUCCUUAUGGGAUUAGAGAAAAAUAGUGAUGUUGUUCAAAUGGCAAGCUAUGCUCCACUUUUCGUCAAUACUAACGAUAGACGAUGGAACCCAGAUGCAAUCGUCUAUGAUUCCUCACGUGUCUAUGGUACGCCAAGCUACUGGAUGCAACUAUUUUUUGCAAAAUCCAGUGGUGCAACUCUUCUUAAAACUGGGCUUCGUUCGUCUAGUUCUCUUGUUGCCUCUGCAAUUAGUUGGAAUAAUGCAACAGACAACAAGAAUUACAUAACUAUCAAGAUCGUGAAUUUUGCAAAUAGGUAUGUGAAGCUCAAGCUAUCCAUUGCUGUCAAUGAAAAUUCUGUCCGGCUAGCUGGGUCAAAGAAGACUGUUCUGACCUCUAAUAAUGUAAUGGAUGAGAAUUCAUUUCGAAGUCCUAAGAAGGUAGUUCCGUUUUCUACUGGAUUCACAAUAACCGGCAAAAACACCGAUAUCUUGCUCCAGCCAUACUCUUUCACAUCGUUUGACGUGGUUCGAGAACAACCGAGUCAUCUCUUAAUCAAUGAAGCAGAUUUUGGCCGAAAAUCCUCCUCCUGAGUAGAUUUAUACACUGUACACAUCUCGCAGGACUAUACACUGACAAAUACUGGACUUUUGUGCCCAAUUGAUCACUAUUUGUCUAAUACACACUACGGUAUGAUUCAGUUCUAGCCUUCUAGACCGAACAGUUUCGAGCAGAUUGUUUCUUUCUUACAUUUCAUUAAUUUAUGGUCCAUAUUGGUUGUAUAUAACUUCACAGCCCUUGAACAUUUCAAGGUUUGGCUAAUGAGCCUAACAUUUGUAGAUGCCAUUCUUAUCAAUUGAAUAAAAAGAAAAGAAAGAAGAAAAAACAAUCAAGUGAUUACUUUUCCCUUUCUUAUUUAGAUUUUCAUAAACAAUCUAUUACAUGAUUGACAUCACCGAUCUUUUGGCAGGAACUCACGAAUAAUGUUGAAUGGCGAUUUGUAGAGAAACGUAUUGCUGCACCUUAGGGGGGAAUGUAGAAAACUAGUAUAGGGUGGGGCAACAUUCACCUGUUCAUGUGUGUAGAACCAACUUGACUAAUAUUUCUGUGUUACCGUAUAUGUUACACAAUUUAAUAUUAAUAGUGUAUUCAAUCAACCGGCAUAAUGGCCUAGGCAGGCCUAGGCUUGGAUUCCCCCGACUAAAGAGGGAUUACAAGAGCGAAUAAG